CCCAUUUGGCCAGUGGGGACUAAGCGGAAGAGAAAAUCAUCUCUGCUGUGCUGCUGUCUGUCUGUCACAUAUUCAGGGAGAUAUAGACAGAAAAGUCGGCCUCGGUUAGCUGUGUUUACAUCCAAUUCCGGAGCUAAAACAACGCUAGACUGCGGGUACAGGAGCGGGGAUGGAGCCUCAGGGCAGAGACGAAGGGAAGGGGCCGGUGCUGCACAUCGUGGUGGUUGGAUUUCACCACAAAAAAGGCUGCCAGGUCGAAUUUUCUUACCCGCCGCUGAUGCCAGACGAGGGUCAUGACAGCAACCUGCUCCCAGAAGAGUGGAAGUACCUCCCGUUCCUGGCUCUUCCUGACGGAGCUCACAACUACCAGGAGGACACGGUGUAUUUUCACCUGCCGCCUCUCAGUGGAGACACAAAGUGUGUCUAUGGAGUGUCCUGUUAUCGUCAAAUAGAAGCAAAGGCCCUAAAGGUCCGGCAGGCUGAUGUCACCAGGGAGACUGUUCAGAAGAGCGUCUGUGUCCUCAGUCGAGUGCCUCUCUACGGUCUGCUCCAAGCCAAACUUCAGCUCAUCACACACGCCUACUUCGAGGAGAAAGACUUCUCACAGAUCUCAAUCCUGAAGGAACUGUACGACCACAUGAACAGCUCUCUGAGGGGCUCAGCUCUGGACGGAUCACAGGUUUAUCUAGGGAUGUCGCCGAGAGAUCUAAUCCUGCACUUCAGACACAAGGCUCUCAUCCUCUUUAAGCUCAUUUUGCUGGAAAAGAAGGUCCUGUUCUAUGUGUCUCCUGUCAACAGACUAGUAGGAGCUCUGAUGACAGUGUUAUCGCUGUUUCCAGGCAUGAUCGAACACGGCCUGGUGGACUCGUCCCACUACAGACCUAAGAGCAGCGUGUCGGAGGACCAGAGUUUAGUGGAGAGUGUCUCGGGUGCCGAAGAGUUCGUCUCUGUGUCUGUCACCGACAUCGAUAGCUCCGCCCUUGACCUCGGGGUGGAGACGGCCCAGCCUGCCACAGAAUCCUCUGGGAAUAGCUCAGAGGGCGACAAUCACCACCUCAAGCCGCCCUCACGCAUCUCUCCCGAGUCCUCCGAGAGCGAGUGGGAGACUCUGGACCCCAGCGUGCUGGACGAAGGUGGACCGCAAGAGGCACCUUCUGAGACUGAGCCAGAGCUCCCGGAAACAUUUGACUCCAAACCCGGAACGCCGAUCACAGUGCAGCCGCAGGCAGUCACCGGUCAGGGAGGGGUCACCCAGGGCCUGGUGUCAGGUCUGGAGGAGGAUCAGUACGGCCUGCCACUCGCCAUCUUCACUAAGGGUUACCUGUGCCUGCCCUACAUGGCGCUGCAGCAGCAUCACCUCCUGUCAGACGUGACGGUGCGAGGCUUUGUCGCCGGAGCAACCAACAUCCUCUUCCGUCAGCAGAGGCACCUCAGUGACGCCAUCGUCGAAGUGGAAGAAGCUCGUAUCCAGAUCCAAGACCCCGAGCUCAGAAAGAUGUUGAGUCUGACCACUGCAGACCUGCGCUUCGCCGACUACUUGGUCAAACACGUGACGGAGAACCGCGACGAUGUCUUCCUGGACGGGACAGGCUGGGAGGGUGGAGACGAGUGGAUCAGAGCCCAGUUCACCCUCUACCUUCACUCCUUACUGUCUUCUGCAUUACAGCAAGAUAGCGAGCGGCUGCUGGCAGAUUACGGGGCACCUUUCGUCACAGCGUGGAAGAUCACCCACAACUACCGGGUGUGGUACAGCAACAAGCACCCCGGCAUGACCGCCGUCACCCCAGGACAUCCGUUCCAGGGUCAGUACAGCGUAGCCGACGUAAAGCUACGACUCUCACACUCGGUGCAGAACAGCGAGCGAGGGAAGAAGAUCGGAAACGCCAUGAUGACAACCAGUCGCAGUGUAGUCCAGACUGGGAAGGCAGUCGGUCAGUCAGUGGGAGGAGCAUUGACCAGCGCCAAGACGGCCAUGUCCACCUGGUUCUCCACAUUGGCUCAGCCGGCACCAGCAUCCACCCCAGCCUGUCCUGAACCUGCCACUGCAGUCAAACCGUGACAACUGACACCCCCGGAAAUCCUCAUUGACUCUGUUUCUGUGUCAUCCUCUGAUUGUGAAGCUUGGGGGCCGACAGAGUGAGCGCUAGUUUCAUGAAGGAUAGUAAAUCUCUAUUCAAAAUCAAAUGAGAGCCAUCUGAAAUAUACAGCCAUAAGUUGGUGUUUCUGGCACUUUUUUCCAGCAUCAUAUUUGCGGGGCGCAUCCCAGACAAGGAGGCAGACACUGCCUUUGUGUUACCUGUACAGUCCAUAACCACUGUGAGGCAGAGACUGCCACUGCUUUUCAUCAAAGCCAGAAAAUUCAGCAGGUUGCAUUAUUAUGUCUGACCGCCUCUUUCUCACUGCUGCCGUUUGUAUUGCUGGAUGCUUUCCUGUGAGACACUAGAGAUGCUGUUCUGGGGUUUGCAGUGUUCACUCUGUGCUGCAUAUCUAUACAGUUUGUCUAAAAAGGUGACUAUUUUGCUGAGAAAUGACAUUAAGUAAAAUAUAUAUAGAAAACAUAAGUCACAGCAUUGAAUGGAAAAGCAUGAUCUGUGGUCCCUUGAAAGUUUUAAUGGUACACAUUUUGAAUGCAGUCUGGAUCCCGUUUACCCGUCCCCUGUGGUAACAUUGUGGUUAAUGCAGUAACAGCGUGAAAUAUAACGUAUCACUUACAACAGCAAAUCAAGUGGUAAUGAAUCAGAAUUAUUGUUUUUAAUUUAACAGGACUGAUUUAAAGUGAAAAAAUCAAAACAAAAACUUCUUUAUAAUAGUCGCUAACAUCAUCAAAUUUAGCAAGCUAAUGCUACUUUUUAGCUAGCUUGAGAAAAAGAAUAUUAUAAGGAACAUUAUUGAUUGCUUGAUUUUUUUUUUUAAACAAAUAACAAACAAACAAACAUAGCCAAUGAAAAGUAAGUUAAAAUUUCUGUAUUAUUUAAAAUUUUUGAUUUACUUUUAAGUUGAAAUUAUAAGAUACCCAACUUCAAAUGUUGACUCCUCUAGAAGCUAACCUGAAAUUUUAAUUUAUGGAUAGUAAAAAAGUCAGAAACAAGCUUUCCUAGAAAACAUGCAGUUAUAAUGAUUGACAUUUUUUUGAAUAUUGUUUUUAAAAAGAGAAGAAUUUAAUAAGAUGAGUCUAACA